AAAAAAAAUUGAAACGUGGAAUAGUGUCCGGAAGGAAAGGUUCAAUUAGCCGGAGGAAAGAAAGAGGGGCGAGAGUUGGAUUAGGAAAAAUGGCGCUGAGUGCGACGGUGAUCGGAGCAUUGCUGGGACUUGGCACCCAGAUGUAUUCUAAUGCCCUUCGCAAACUUCCCUACAUGCGCCAUCCUUGGGAGCAUGUGAUUGGAAUGGGAUUGGGAGCAGUGUUUGUCAAUCAGUUGGUGAAAUGGGACGCUCAGCUCCAACAAGACCUUGAUAAGAUGCUUGAGAAAGCCAAGGCCGCCAAUGAGCGCCGAUACUUCGAUGAAGAUGAUGAUUAGUGCCUACUCGUUGAUGGACUUUGGCAUCUUCAGCCACUGAACAAUAAUUUCAAGUACUGUAUACGUUUGGGAUUUUUUCGAUAAGUUGCUUUGCUUGUAAGGUUAUUAGAACUUUUCCUUUUCCGAGUUGGCUGAAGUGUUUCACCUUGGAUAGUAAUUUGAAGCGAUUGGAUGGUUUUCUUUGCUUAAAUAAUUGUGUAGCAAUCAUAUCAGUAUCUCACAUUGUAAGUUCUACCUGAUCAUGCUUUCAAAUAAUUUUUCAAGGUUUUUUA